CAGAGCGACACAGAUCUCCACUGACCAACACAAGCUGCUCAUCCGUCUUUUACGCACACUGUUGUCCAGGGAGAAGCAGUCCUCGCUCCAAGAUUGAAUCAUGAUUAAGAAAAUGUCUCCCUCCGAGAGCGAUUAUGACAUCCCAGCAAAGAACUGCUACAGGAUGGUCAUUCUGGGAUCCACCAAAGUUGGGAAGACGGCCAUCGUUUCUCGUUUCCUGAACGGGAGGUUCGACGAGCAGUACACGCCGACCAUCGAUGACUUUCACAGGAAACUGUACAGCAUCAAGGGAGAAGUCUACCAGCUGGACAUACUGGAUACAUCAGGGAACCACCCUUUCCCCGCCAUGAGGAGACUAUCCAUACUGACAGGUGACGUGUUCAUCCUCGUCUUCAGCCUGGACAACCGCGACUCCUUCCAGGAGGUGCAGCGGCUCAAGCGGCAGAUCUUCGAAACCAAGUCGUGCCUGAAGAACAAGAUCAAGGAGAACAUCGACGUGCCUCUGGUCAUCUGCGGGAACAAGGGAGACCGAGAGUUUUACCGGGAGGUGCAGCAGGAGGAGAUCGACCAGCUGGUGGCCGGGGAUGAGAAGUGCGCAUACUUCGAGAUCUCCGCCAAGCGCAACGAGAACGUGGAUAAGAUGUUCCAGACUCUGUUCACCUUGGCCAAGCUACCUCACGAGAUGAGCCCCGACCUCCACCGCAAGGUCUCCGUCCAGUACUGCGACAUGCUGCACAGAAAGUCUCUGAAAAACAAGAAGAUGAAGGACAUUGGGGAAGCGUUUGGGAUGGUCAACCCGUGCGCACGGAGACCCAGCGUGCACAGCGACCUCAUGUACAUUAAAGAGAAGGCCAUAGGAGGCGGCCAGGUCAAAGAGAAAGAGAGAUGUGUGAUCAGUUAAGAGGAACAGAGAGGCACAAACUCAACGUUAAUCUUUGAAAGUAGAAGGAGCCCCGGUGCGUCAGAUUGAGACGCGAUCUGUGCGGCCGGCUGGAGACGCCGGGGCCGCAGUGCACUCCGGCUCAGAGCCGUCUGCGAGGACACUUGACUGGACACGAGAGUCCUCUUGAACUGCCCCAAAAAAAGAAAGAAAGACAUGUGAGAUCGAUUGCUUGUUCUGUCAAUCAGAGCCCAGCGCCUGGCGUGGCUUCAUACCUUGUGAGACUCGCACAUCGAUGCGUAAAACGUGUUGAGUUAACGUCAUGCCUUCUCCGGAGGCCAGAGGGGAGAGAAAAGAGACUCAAUGUUUGGGGGAAGAGUGUUGUUUACAUCUUAUUAUAUGUUUUAU